AUGCCUUUUCCAAGAACACGUCCAUCAAAGAGAUACCGCCCGCACGUGCCUUUAGAUAAGCGCAAGAGGGCCGUACGAGCAUGUAUCUCUUGUCGUGAUGGCAAAAAGAAGUGUGUUCUGACUUCAGAAAAUCAGUGCCGAAGUUGCACUCGCGCCGGCCAGGCCUGCAUUUUCGAAACAAAACCCAAACACCGGGACGACACACGCUCACAGGAGCCACUGAAAUGGAACAAUGCAUUCACUAAUCAUUUGGCACGUAGCUCGGUUUGGGAGACGGUGGCGAUGGAUGUCUCUCGGAGCUUCCAUGAAGGAUUCCCUGGAAUUAACUUAGAUCCUGAACAAUUUUCAAUGAUCUCAAAGCUGUUCCAGGAGGCUGUUCAAAGAAAUGAACUGAGAUUGGUCCCCGAGAGUGAUAGCCCUGGUGGGGAGUCAUCCACUUCGCUCAAUUGGACCCCUCGACCUAGAGUCAACAUGGAGUCUCAGUCAAUUGGAUCAUCAGCUACAGCAGUAGUCGAUAGCACGCCUUCGGCAUCUCACGCCAGCUUUCUAAAAGCAGUUUCCGACACAAUCUCACCAGUGCAUGUCAAGGGCCAAGAUAGUCCCGUACACCUAAGCAGUCUUGCCCAAGAAGAGGACGCUUUUGUGCUCCUCACUGUGCUCAAUCAACUUCCACCUUACGAAGAUGCCCAAGCCCUUGUUGACGUGUUCUUUACAUAUCUCGAGUCCAACUGGUACUAUUUUGACGAAAAGUGGUUCCGCAAUUUGCUCAUAGAGAUGUACAUGAACAAAGCUUGUGCGCUGCGGCGGAAGCAAUGCACCGCCAUCUGUCUUGUGCUCUUAGUAUUGGCUCUUGGGAGGACGUUCGAGCAUCUAUCCAGGCCGGCCAACCUGCUCGAUACCGACCGAGAGAUCCCAGGUAGAACGUUCUUUGCGCAGGCCACGAAGCUAUUGCCACGAGUCAUUGCGACUAACUCUGUCGAGAGUGCGAUAUGCUGCCUUUUGACAUCGUUGUACCUUCUUGCGACCGAAGACAUUUCUCACCACCAUAUAUACUUGGGGCUGGCCUUGAACCUGGCAGUCAACCUCUCGUUGCAUCGCAUGGGAAUGGGCAAUGACGAGACACCUCAAGCUCAUGAGAUGAAAGUCCGACUAUUUUGGACUAUCUAUAGCAUUGAACGUCAGACAUCUGUUAUUAUGGGACUCCCAACCAUGCUACAACUCAAGGACAUAACCGUCCCCCUCCCGCAAAGGCGACAGGAUCUAGAUAAAGAUGGUUUUCAGCGAGUAGAUCGACUGGUCGCAUUCACCACGCUCACAAUGAUAAUGGACGAAAUCAUCAACGCUGGCCCCAUUGAACAAAGCUCUACGACUUUUGACUGGGCUUGCUCCAAGCUAGAAUCUUGGAAGCAAUCGGUUCCGGCUCACUUGUUGUCAGCGCAAGAGUCUUCAUUUCGAGCAAAUGCUCACCUCAAUAUCGGGUAUAAUAUGAUUUGGGUAAACAUGGGUCGCGGAGUCAUAUUGCGUCUUGUCCGCAAACGAUUGCAUCCCGAAGCCGCAGGCUCAAGAAGCCCCGAAGGCAAUGAGAUGUAUCUCCGAUCUCAGAAACUGGCGGAACGAUGCACAGAGUCGGCCACAAUAGUAAUUGACUGGAUUAGUCAGUUGCACAGCCGUGACCUGCUCGCCAGAUUUUCAUUUACGGAUAUUCAUACGUGCAGCUCGGCCAUCAUCAUGCUGCUUCUGAUCGCUUUACUUCGUUCUCCCUACCAUCAAUUAUUGCACAUCACUCGUGGCAUAGAGGCUCUGCGUUUUAUGGCAGACGGCAGCACGUUAGCGAUGAACGCACUGCAACUUGUUGAACGCCUGCAAGGAGCGGUUUAUAAAAGCACUAGCGUGGUCAAUACAGACAGUAUUCUUCACCAGCAGCCACCAUCCCUGGAGCCCCUUGGUCAGAACUUGUCACAAAGCAUUACCCUCAAUCCUGCCGGGGGCGUGCCGUACGUUGCUGUUGCGAAUGAUACUGCUUGCGAAAUUACCGCCCCAGAUAUUGCACCUCUCGACCUGACUCUAUUCGCAGAUCUGGAACCAUCGCUGCUCGAUUAUUCUGACCAAUAUCUUGCCCUAUUCGGAUUCGACGGCUUUGGCUCUACGUUAGAUCCGAAUUUUGCAAUGUAG